CCCUCCAGAGCUGCAGGGGCUGAGACUUCUUAUCCCAGACACUGUGUUCCAUUCACCACUCAGAACUUGGAUUUGGACAUUAGACUUUACUGCUGGAGAAAAGUCAGCAAGUCUUCAGAAGAUCAACAAUAGACAUGCACCUGGAAAGCAAAGAUGGCAGCCUGGCCUCAGCUGUGCUGGAAGUGGAGCUGCAUCAGACAUCUGCUUUGUCCAUUCCAACUUGCGCAGGUGCUGCAAAGCUGCUGCCAGCUAGACCUACCACCACAAACUAUGAGCACUGCCAGGUAGACCCCUGCAUCCCAUACCCCAGCCAGGCUGCUGGGCAGAGCCUCUGUGUUCCUGAACCCAAAGAUUUUGACUUGUUCCUCACAGAGGGGAGCUCCAGCUCCAAAGAUCUCUGCUUUAAAGAAAACACUCCUUUGCUAUGGAAUUCCUCACAAAAGAAAGGGUCACGGUGCAUGCCUGCUCACCACCCAGAGUUUAUCACUGCUGAAGAAUCCUGGGAAAAUGGCUUGACUGACUGGGAACAAAGAUACAUGCUGGGCAGAGAGGUGGCUAGUCUGUCUGCAUUAGCCUCCUCAGAAGAAGGGGAACUUCCAGGCAGUGGCCUCCUCAGAGUCCGAGUCUCCAAGCUGGGGCGCUGUGUGCGGUGGCUGAAAGUCACAGGCUUGUUCAUCUUUGUGGUGGUAUGCUCUAUUUUGUUCAGUCUCUAUCCAGAUCAAGGAAAACUCUGGCAGCUGUUGGCCGUAUCACCACUGGAAAGCUACUCUGUGAACCUCAGCAGCCAUGUGGACUCCAUACUGCUGCAGGUGGACCUGGCAGGGGCCCUAAUGGCUGGUGGCCCAAGUGGUCCAGGGAAAGAAGAGCAUGUUGUGGUGACAGUGACCCAGACGGACUCAAUGGGCUCCAGGUGGCGACAAUCACAACAGGUCACUCACAAUUGGACUGUACUUUUAAAUCCAAGAAAUGAGCACUUGGUGGUGAGCAAGACCUUUGAAAUACUAAGCAGGGAAGCUGUUUCCAUUAGCAUCAGUGCCUCCCUCCAACAGACUCAGCUCGUUCCUCUCUUGUUGGCUCAUCAGUUCCUCGGAGCAAGUGUUGAAGUUCAAGUGACUGUCGCAGCGGCCAUCCUCGCAGGGGUUUACACUCUCAUAAUAUUUGAGAUUGUUCACAGAACUCUGGCAGCCAUGCUGGGGGCUCUUGCAGCGUUAGCAGCACUGGCUGUGGUUGGUGAUAGACCCAGCCUGACCCACGUGGUGGAGUGGAUUGAUUUUGAGACUCUGGCCCUGCUGUUUGGCAUGAUGAUCUUAGUAGCCAUAUUUUCAGAAACUGGAUUUUUUGAUUAUUGUGCUGUAAAGGCAUACCGACUUUCUCGAGGAAGAGUAUGGGCCAUGAUCAUCAUGCUUUGUCUCAUUGCUGCUGUUCUUUCUGCCUUCUUAGACAAUGUCACCACCAUGCUCCUCUUCACGCCUGUCACCAUAAGGUUAUGUGAGGUGCUCAAUCUUGAUCCACGACAAGUCCUGAUUGCGGAAGUGAUCUUCACAAAUAUUGGAGGUGCUGCCACUGCCAUUGGGGACCCACCAAAUGUUAUUAUUGUUUCCAACCAGGAGUUGAGAAAAAUGGGCCUGGACUUUGCGGGAUUCACAGCACACAUGUUCAUCGGAAUUUGCCUCGUUCUCCUGGUCUCCUUUCCACUCCUCAGACUCCUGUACUGGAACAAAAAGCUUUAUAACAAGGAACCCAGUGAGAUUGUUGAAUUGAAGCAUGAGAUUCAUGUCUGGCGUUUGACUGCUCAGCGCAUCAGCCCAGCCAGCCGUGAGGAGACAGCUGUGCGUGGCCUGCUGUUGGGGAAAGUGCUGGCGCUGGAACACCUGCUGGCCCAAAGGCUGCACACUUUCCACAGACAGAUUUCACAGGAUGAUAAAAAUUGGGAGACCAAUAUACAGGAGCUACAAAGAAAGCACAGGAUAUCAGACAGGCGUCUGCUUGUCAAAUGCCUGAUAGUGCUGGGGUUUGUCAUCUUCAUGUUCUUCCUCAACUCUUUUGUCCCUGGCAUUCAUCUUGAUCUUGGAUGGAUUGCUAUUCUGGGUGCCAUCUGGUUGCUAAUUUUAGCUGAUACCCACGAUUUUGAGAUCAUUCUCCACAGGGUGGAGUGGGCAACUCUCCUCUUCUUUGCAGCACUCUUUGUUCUGAUGGAGGCAUUGGCACACCUCCACUUAAUAGAACAUGUUGGGGAACAGACUGCUUUGCUGAUAAAGAUGGUUCCAGAGGAUCGGCGACUUGCAGCUGCCAUCGUGCUGAUAGUGUGGGUCUCAGCCUUGACAUCAUCCUUGAUCGACAAUAUCCCAUUUACCGCCACAAUGAUUCCUGUACUCUUGAACCUGAGCCGAGACCCUGAAAUUAGCUUGCCUGCACUACCACUCAUGUAUGCCCUGGCCCUUGGUGCUUGCCUGGGAGGUAACGGCACACUGAUUGGAGCAUCUGCAAACGUUGUUUGUGCAGGGAUUGCAGAGCAGCAUGGGUAUGGAUUCUCUUUCAUGGAAUUUUUCAGGUUGGGUUUCCCAGUGAUGGCUGUAUCCUGCACCAUUGGGAUGUGCUAUCUCCUUGUUGUUCAUGUUGUGGUGGGAUGGAAUUAAUAGCUGCCCAUCAUUUGAAGACUGAGGAAAACCUGCUCCAUCAGCAAAAUCAGUCAGAAGACCUCCCCAAGACCCUCUGGAAAGAAAAGAAACUCAUUAUGGCAUACUCUGGAACAGAGCUCUGUCAGUAACAGUAUUUAUUGUUCAGGUGGAUGAUGGGAAAUCAUAGUGUCUUCUCCCUGAGGGCAAAAACAUGAGAAAUGCAAGUUAACUUAUCAAGAUUCCCCUACUAGAAAAUAUUUGUAUUUUAAAAAUACCUUUUGCAAUUCUAUAUAAGACAAACCUACCCAAAAUAGCUGUGCCUUUUAAUUGUCACUUCU